AUGCAGCCAAGAAAUGUAACUCCACAGAUAGAAAGUGAAUUGAAAAUUACAGAAACAAAUCUUACUACAAUAAUAGAAUUUAUUCUCCUGGGCUUUUCUGAUAUUCCCAAAUUUCACUGGCUUCUUUUUGGUCUAUUCUUACUCAUCUAUGUGAUUAUUCUACUGGGAAAUGGCAUCAUAAUUCUAAUAAUAAGAGUCAAUCCUACUCUUCAGACUUCCAUGUAUUUUUUCCUCAGCAAUUUUUCUUUCCUAGAAAUGUGUUAUGUGACUAUCACUCUUCCUCGAAUGCUCAUGGAUCUUUGGACCCUCAAAGGAAAUAUUUCUUUUUUUGUCUGUGCUGCACAGAUGUGUUUUUUCCUCACGCUGGGAGCCGUAGAGUGUUUCCUUCUGGCCGUGAUGGCGUAUGACCGCUAUGUGGCCAUUUGUAACCCUCUGCAUUAUCCUUUAAUCAUGAACCACAAAGCCUGUAUCCAGUUAGUAGCUGGUUGCUGGAUCAGUGGAAUUCCAGUGGCCAUAGGGCAAACAUACCAAAUUUUCUCUCUGCCAUUUUGUGGAUCUAACCAAGUCAACCACUUCAUCUGUGACAUUCCCCCAGUGCUCAAGCUGGCCUGUGGAGACAUCUUUGUGAAUGAGAUGUUCAUCUACAUAUUUAAUAUACUAUUUGUGACAGUUCCCUUUGUGUUGAUUCUUGGGUCCUAUAGCAGGAUCAUCUCAACCAUCCUGAAGUUGCCAUCAAACACAGGACGGACCAAAGCCUUUUCCACUUGUUCGUCCCACCUCAUAGUUGUCGUUUUAUUCUAUGGAUCAGCCACUAUCACCUAUUUGAAACCCAAAUCCAAUCAAUAUGAGGGAAUAGACAAACUGCUCUCUCUUUUCUACACCAUUUUGACCCCAAUGUUUAACCCUCUAAUAUACAGUCUGCGGAACAAAGAUGUUACAGAGGCCCUGAGGAAAGUGCUUCCCAAGCUGUUAGGACUGUGUGGCAAUUGA